CAGCCCAGCCGGCUGGCAGCGUGCGGCCGGAGCGGGGACCACCGCCGGGAGCCGGGAGCCGGGCCGGGCUGCCGGCGGCUGGAGGCAGAGCCGGCGGCCGGGGACGAUGGCUUGGGGCGAGUUCAGCCUCCUCCGCUGGCUGCGGGAGAGCCGGCAGUCCCGGAGACUGAUCCUGCUCAUCGUGUUCAUCGCCUUGCUCCUGGACAACAUGCUGCUGACGGUAGUCGUGCCAAUAAUUCCCAGUUACCUUUACAGCAUCAAACAUGAGAAAAAUGCCACAGAAAUCCAGACUACUAAGCCUAACGUAGUCUCAACAACGAUGGACAAUUUUCAGAGCAUCUUCUCCUACUAUGACAACUCAACGAUGGUUACUGGAAAUGAAACUGAUAAGACACGACCCAGAGAGUUGCAUCAUACUCAGACAGAACAAAUGAUAGUAAAUGUGACUCCUUCCCCGUCUGACUGCCCUAAGGAAGAUAAGGACCUGCUGAAUGAAAAUGUUCAAGUCGGUCUCUUGUUUGCCUCCAAAGCAACAGUGCAGCUAAUCACUAACCCCUUCAUAGGGCCGCUGACAAACAGAAUAGGCUACCAGAUUCCACUGUUUGCUGGCUUCUGCAUCAUGUUUGUGUCAACAAUCAUGUUUGCCUUCUCUGGAAGCUAUACAUUACUGUUUAUUGCCAGGUCCCUUCAAGGAGUGGGUUCCUCUUGUUCGUCAGUGGCAGGAAUGGGUAUGCUUGCCAGUGUAUAUACAGAUGAUGAAGAGAGAGGCAACGCAAUGGGAAUUGCACUAGGAGGCCUUGCUAUGGGAGUAUUAGUGGGCCCACCUUUCGGGAGCAUCAUGUAUGAGUUUGUGGGGAAGAGUUCUCCUUUCCUGGUGCUGGCAGCACUAGCUCUGUUAGACGGAGCUGUUCAAUUAUUUGUUCUGCAGCCAUCCAGAGCACAAGCAGAAAGUCAGAAGGGGACACCGUUACUGACACUUUUGAAGGACCCGUAUAUCAUUAUUGCAGCAGGAUCAAUCUGCUUUGCAAAUAUGGCAAUUGCUAUGCUUGAACCAGCAUUACCGAUCUGGAUGAUGGAGACCAUGUGUUCAAAAAAAUGGCAGCUUGGCGUUGCUUUUAUUCCAGCUAGUAUCUCUUAUCUCAUUGGGACUAAUCUUUUUGGGAUACUCGCACACAAAAUGGGAAGGUGGCUUUGUGCUUUACUCGGGAUGCUAAUCGUGGGAAUAAGUAUUUUAUGCGUACCGUUUGCUAAAAACAUUUAUGGGCUCAUAGCACCAAAUUUUGGAGUUGGAUUUGCCAUUGGAAUGGUGGACUCCUCCAUGAUGCCAAUUAUGGGCUACCUCGUAGAUCUGCGUCAUGUAUCAGUCUAUGGUAGCGUGUACGCAAUAGCUGAUGUUGCCUUUUGCAUGGGCUUCGCCAUAGGUCCCUCUGCUGGUGGUGCCAUUGCAAAGGCCAUUGGAUUUCCAUGGCUCAUGACAAUUAUAGGGAUUGUGGAUAUCCUCUUCGCUCCCCUGUGCUUUUUCCUUCGAAGUCCACCUGCCAAAGAGGAGAAAAUGGCAAUACUCAUGGAUCACAAUUGUCCCGUGAAAACAAAAAUGUACACCCAGAACAACAUCCAGUCCUACCCCAUAGGUGAUGAAGAAGAAUAUGAAAGUGAUGAAUAACAUGAAAAGCCAUAUAACAUAUUUUGGUGUACAAAAUGCAGUGUUUCAUGUGAAACAUCUCAUCCAGAAAUAGGUUUUAGUUGUACUGUACGUUUAAUAGUGAAAUGGUCAAAAAAGCCAAAGGUAUAUUAUCCAUCGCCCAUGGUUAUAAAGCAGACUGCUAACUGCCUUAUAAGGGGGGGAAAAGCUUUUAUAGAGGAUUUGUAUAGUGCUAAUCUUUAUUUUGUGUAUUUAAUUUUAUUGAAUAUUAGACUAUAUUUUUUAUUAAAUGUGUAGUACAAAUCUGUAUAAACAUGUGAAUUUUAACUAUUUGUUUUUUAAAGUCAACUCAUUGACAUACAGUAUUUCAUAUUUUGUUUGGAGUUAUGAGUUACUGUCAAGAGCUUGGGUCUUUCUUACCUAAUUGGAAGAAAAAAAAAAAAAAAGCAAAGCUCAAAGAAAACCUAUCCAAUUUGCCUCCUUUCAAACUGUACCCUUGUAAGUACAUUGAGAGGAGCUGAAGGCUGGAAUUCAGAGCGUGGACAUUGCUACCACUUUUUUGAUCAACGUUAGGUCAUACAUUAGUAAAAUAAAAGGCACAACUUCUUUGCCAAUUUAAAAAAAAUGAGCUCUCCUUGAACCACUCAUGGAAUGUUGGGGAAAACAGUGUUUUAAACAGAUGAGCGUAUUGCUGUUAGUCAGUACUAUUUAAUGAAGUUUUAAUUAGUUAACUAGUUGUGCAAUAUCAAGCUCCUGAAACACACAACACUGGGUAAACAAGUAGGUAUGAAUGUGCACUGUUCCUUUCCCUUAAAGGGAAUAAGGACGGCAUGAAGAUACUUUUUAUAUUUCUAUCUUUUGAACCUUUUAUUUUUAACAUAACUUUAUUUUAGAUGCAUCUUAAAUGACUGGUUAAGAAAAGCUGCAGUAUCACAGUAUUUAGUCUUAGCAUGUACUGAAAGUUAAGCUGAUAACUUAAGCAGUUCAAACAAAAAAAACUUUUACAUGCAUUUGCAUACACAUCUAGAAGUUCGAUAUACAUUUAUUUUUAAAAAAUGAGCUAAAAUAUCACCUUUGCUAAAAAUAAUGAAAAAAAUGACCAGUUUGUUGCCAAUAUCUCUUAACAUUUGGGGACAGAGUCUAAUACAGGUAAAGGACUGUAUUAGGCAGUUCCUAUCUGCACUGAGAAAAAUCAGACUUUGAAAGAAAACAUUUUAAAACAAUCCCGAUGUCCUUAUCAACCGUGUUGUAUCUUUUCAUUUGUAAAAUUAAAAUCUUUAUGUGCCUUCUUUCAUGUAAUUGCAGAUGUUUUAUGUACUGCAGCAUAGAUACUAUGUUUACAUAUAGUUUUGUAAAGCAUAUAUACUAUGGUCAGAAAAUAUAAAAAAAUAUAGUGGAUCGAACUUCAAGUAUUGCUUUGUCAAUAAUUAUACAUUCAGACCACAUUAAAAUAAAGUUAUCUGAAAGAAGUACAUGAUCUAUUGUAAUAAAGUAAAAAUAAUAAAAAAAGAAUCAUCCCCCUCGU